AUGUGGGCAGGCCUGAGCCCCGCCAUCGUCCCGGCCCUGGCGCUGGCCCUGGCGCUGGCGGUAGCAUGGGCCAAGGAGCUCAAGCCCACGGCGGCGCCCAUCUUCACCGGCCGGCCCUUCGUGGUGGCCUGGGACGUGCCCACGCAGGACUGCGGGCCGCGCCUCAAGGUGCCGCUGGACCGGGAGGAGACGGCCUUCGACGUGCGCGCCUCCCCUAACGAGGGCUUCGUCAACCAGAACAUCACCAUCUUCUACCGCGAGCGGCUGGGCCCGUUCCCGCACUUCGACGCGCAGGGCGGGCCGGUGCACGGCGGCGUCCCGCAGAACGACAGCGUGCUGCGGGCGCACCUGGCCGCGCUGCCCGAGCGCCUGCGCCACUACAUCCGCCAGCCCGAGCCCGCCGGCCUGGCCGUCAUCGACUGGGAGGACUGGCGGCCCGUGUGGGUGCGCAACUGGCAGGACAAGGACGUGUACCGCCAGCGGUCGCGCCAGCUGGUGGCCAGCCGCCACCCGGACUGGCCGCCGGACCGCGUGGCCAAGCAGGCGCAGUACGAGUUCGAGUUCGGCGCCCGCGAGUUCAUGCUGCGCACGCUGCGCGCCGCCAAGCGCUUCCGGCCGCGGCACCUGUGGGGCUUCUACCUCUUCCCCGACUGCUACAACCACGACUACGCGCAGAACUGGGCCACCUACACCGGCCGCUGCCCCGACGUGGAGGUGUCCCGCAACGACCAGCUGGCCUGGCUCUGGGCCGAGAGCACCGCGCUCUUCCCCUCCGUCUACCUGGACGAGACGCUCGCCUCCACCCCGCACGGCCGCAACUUCGUCAGCUUCCGCGUGCAGGAGGCGCUCCGCGUGGCCCGCACCCACCACGCCGGCCACGCGCUCCCCGUCUACGUGUUCACCCGGCCCACCUACAGCCGCAGCCUCACGGGCCUGAGCCAGAUGGACCUCAUCUCCACCAUCGGCGAGAGCGCUGCCCUGGGCGCCGCCGGGGUCGUCAUCUGGGGCGACGCAGGCUUCACCACCAGCAUGGAGACGUGCCAGUACCUCAAGGACUACCUGCUGCGGCUGCUGAUCCCCUACGUGGUCAACGUGUCCUGGGCGGCCCACUACUGCAGCUGGGCCCAGUGCCACGGCCACGGGCGCUGCGUGCGCCGCGACCCCAACACCAACGCCUUCCUGCACCUCAGCGCCAGCAGCUUCCGCCUGGUGCCCGGCCGCUCGCCGGGGGAGCCCCUGCUGCGGCCGCAGGGCGAGCUCAGCUGGGCCGACCUCCAGCACCUGCAGACGCACUUUCAAUGCCAAUGCUACCUGGGCUGGGGCGGCGAGCAAUGCCAGUGGGACCGUGGGGGGGCAGCCAGGGGUGCCGGUGGGGCCUGGGCUGGGGCCCACCUCAUUGGCCUGCUGGCCGCGGCAGCCCUGGCCCUCGCCUGGACUCUGUAG